UAUUUUGAAACAGAUUUUUCAAUUCUUUAGUGGUUUAUAAUUGUAAAUCUUAUUUCCGUUUCUCUGGACAUAGCUACAUGUACAGUCACUGAGACAUUUACUUUACGACAUAAGUUAUUGUGUUGCAAAUAUUUAAAAAUUAUAUUUUUUAAAAAUGCAGACCAAUAUGUCCAUUUUCAUCUUUUUGGCAAUUAUACUUGAAUAAACAUAGCAUAUCUUAAUCAUUCCGAUUUCAGUUAAGCAUAUACCGAUAUCCAGAUAAAUAUAUAAAUCUUUCAAUAAAUAAAACGAUACAAUAUCGUAUAAAUAAACAUUGAAUUGUAUUGCUCAAAUACUAUUUUAAGUCCUGUUGUACACUUACUUUAACUUCAUUGCACAUACUGAGAAAACAAUUUUUAUUUUUAUUUAAAAUUCUGAGACAUGCAUAAAUGUCGAAAUUACACAAAAUAUUAAUAAAAAUUUUAAUACUUUUUUAAUAUCUCGGAAGAUAUAUCGCUCCAUUAAGUUAUCAUUAACAUUUCAUUUUUUACAAUAUAAGCAUAGUUAUUAAUGGCACAGUUGUAAGAAUUAAGUAGAUUUCAUUCGUGUACUCCAACAUGCUCCAACAUGAUACAGCAUGCUCCUACAAUAACUCCCAUUUUCUUCCAUUAUGACAGUUCUUACUUUUUUAAACGAACGCAUUGAAUGAGCAUAACGUAUAUUGUAUUGAGUAAAACUUUCCUCGGAUAGGACAUUUUGUGAAUCUCAUUUUGUGUAUGUCUUUUUCACUCUUUGAGUAUAGAAAGUGCAACGUAGAGCAGCUAUUAAGAAUAACCUCCAACUCUAAAUACAUUUAUAAAUUGAAGGCUACACGAAAGACGUGGAAAGGCGUGUAAAUAAAUAUAGUAGCACAGUAUUUUUUUAUGUGAAAGUUAAUUUAAUGUUUACAUAUUUUCCGAUAAAUUAAGCAUUUAGGAAUAUAUGCAUGAUAUGAAACAUUAGUGUGUAAUGCAGUGGUGAUACAGUUUUUCAUUCAGCUUGAUAACAUCACAUAUUUGAUAGGUUAAUGAAUUCAACAUUUAGUUCGUCUGAAAAGUGUAUUUAUUUUUGUUUUUGAUUAAAAAAUGGACAAGUUAAGGAGAGCUUUGAACGGUAAUGAACGGUGCGAUGAAGAAAGUGGUAUAAUUACGCAGGUUGAUGCUGAUUUUAUGGUUAUGGAUCAAACAACAUUAAGUUGGUCUACCAGGAUAAAAGGUUUUGCAAUUUGUUUCAUCGUUGGCAUAUUAUGUUCAUUCCUUGGAUCCUUUGCAUUGUUUUUACAGAAAGGUCUUGCUGUAUUUGCUGUAUUUUAUACUUUGGGCAACAUUAUCUCUUUAGCCAGUACGUGUUUCUUGAUGGGUCCAUUUCAUCAAUUUAAGAAGAUGUUUGCAUCGACAAGAAUAAUUGCAACUAUAUUAGUAUUUGUCUCGAUUAUUUUGACACUUUUUGCAGCUUUACAUUUACACAAUCCUGGUCUAGCUCUUUUAUUUAUAAUCAUUCAGUCAUUAGCUAUGACAUGGUAUUCCUUAUCAUAUAUACCAUACGCUCGUGAUGCUGUCAAAAAGACAGUGGAAGCCUGUAUUACAUGAAAAGAACAAUUAUCUUUUUUUUCCGUUGUAUCAAAAUUUGUUAAGGAAUAUCAUUUAAUUUUUUCAAUACUUUGAAGCUUCAGUCAUUUUGUAACACUGAAUAUUGAUUAUAUUUUCUAUUUAUAACAAGUAAAUAGAUUAA